UUAUAUAGGCAUGUGAUGUUAGAGAACUACAGAAACCUGGUCUUCCUGGGUAUUGCAGCCUCUAAGCCAGACCUGAUCACCUGUCUGGAGCAAGGAAAAGAACCUUGGAAUGUGAAGAGACAUGAGAUGGUAGCUGAACCCCCAGUUGUAUGUUCUUAUUUUGCUCAAGACCUUUGGCCAAAGCAGGGCAUAAAAAAUUGUUUCCAAAAAGUGACACUGAGAAGAUAUAAAAAAUGUGGACAUGAAAAUUUACAGUUAGGAAAAUACCAUAAAAGCAUGGAUGAGUGUAAGGUGCACAAAGAAUGUUACAAUGGACUUAACCAGUGUUUGAGAACUACCCAGAGCAAAAUAUUACAAUGUGACAAAUAUGUGAAAGUCUUUCAUAAAUUUUCAAAUUCAAACACACAUAAGAUAAGAUAUAGUGGAAAGAAACCUUUCAAAUGUAAAGAAUGCGAAAAGUCAUUUUUCAUGCUUUCACACUUAGCUCAACAUAAAAGAAUUCAUAGUGGAGAGAAACCCUACAAAUGUAAAGAAUGUGAGAAAGCCUAUAAUGAGGCCUCAAACCUUUCUACACAUAAAAGAAUUCAUACUGGAAAGAAACCCUACAAAUGCAAAGAGUGUGGAAAAGCCUUUAACCGGCUCUCACACCUUACUACACAUAAAAGAAUUCAUACUGGAAAGAAACCCUACAAAUGUGAGGAGUGUGGCAAAGCUUUUAACCAAUCUACAAACCUUACUACACAUAAGAGAAUUCAUACUGGAGAGAAACCCUACAAAUGUGAAGAAUGUGGCAAGGCCUUCAGCCAGUUCUCACACCUUACUACACAUAAGAGAAUUCAUUCUGGAGAGAAACCCUACAAAUGUGAAGAAUGUGGCAAAGCUUUUAAACAAUCCUCAACCCUUACUACACAUAAGAGAAUUCAUUCUGGAGAGAAAUUCUACAAAUGUGAAGUAUGUAGCAAAGCCUUUAGCCAGUUCUCACACCUUACUACACAUAAGAGAAUUCAUACUGGAGAGAAGCCCUACGAAUGUGAAGAAUGUGGCAAAGCUUUUAACCUAUCGUCACAACUUACUACACAUAAGAUAAUUCAUACUGGACAGAAACCCUACAAAUGUGAAGAAUGUGGCAAAGCUUUUAACCAGUCCUCAACUCUUUCUAAACAUAAGGUAAUUCAUACUGGAGAGAAACCCUACAAGUGUGAAGAAUGUGGCAAAGCCUUUAACAACUCCUCUUUUCUUAACAGUCAUAAGAUGAUUCAUACUGGACAGAAAUUCUACAAACCUGGAAGUUGUGACAAGGCUUGUGACAACAUCUCAAACAUUUCCAAACAUAAAAGAAAUUGUGCUGGUGAGAAAACAUAG